AAAUUUUUUGUAUUACUACAGCCAUAUGAUCCAAUGGAUGAAGAAUCAAUAUACCGCUGCAUGAAGUACUCUAAUAUGGUAGUAAAUCUAAUUGGACAAGAAGUGCCAGAUAGGAAUUAUAACCUGCAUGAUGCGCAUGUUGUGACACCUCGGUUGAUUGCCAGUGCUGCUCGCCAGGCAGGUAUCAAGACCAUGGUUCACUUCUCUGCAAUGGGAGCCACACUUGAUCCACCCACACCAUGGACAAAGGAGGAAGCAGAGGAGUAUGCAAAGAAAAAUAUCAUACUUGGGAAGUCGGAUUUCUUGAUUACAAAGUAUCUUGGGGAGCAAGCUGUACAAAAUGAAUUCCCUGAUGCAGUUAUUGUCAGACCAUCAACAUUGUUUGGGAUAUGUGAUAACUUUAUAAACUUCUACUCUGCCAAUGGCAGAAAAGGAAGAUGUGUUUUGGGUACAUAUACAGUAUAUAUGUGGAAGAAGGGAUUGGAGGCUAUCAAGAGACCCCUCUUUGUGAGCGAUCUGCUAGAUGCUGUAGAGGUUUUAAUGAGAGACAAAUCUGCUAGAGGAAAAACAUAUGAGUUUUAUGGUCCUCAUGCAUACUUACUUCAUGAUUUAGUGGAGUAUAUUUCCAACAUUCAGAGGACCACAUUAAAAAUCGAACAUGGCCUGUUGUGGAGAAGAUCUUUUACUGGUUACUAUUCUGGAGGCUACAAGUCGGAGGAUGGAACUCUUAUUCUUCAUGACAAAAGUAACACGGAAUAUUUGUCAGACAUACCAUCAGGCUUGCCAGGGUUUGAGGAAUGCGGCAUCAGUAGAAAGAAGCUGCAGAGUAUUAUAGACUUGGCACCAAUUUUCCUUCGAAAUACUGCCGACGUAACUAAUACAGAAUUAGAACAGUCUUACUAUGCUAAACCAAUACCCCCUCAGCCAGUUCUUGUUUGACAAUUUAACCACUUAUGCAUAUGUGGUCAGCAAUUUGCUAAAAGACUUCAUACAGUUUGUAGACGGUACCCAAUUUGCUUAAAAAGAAGUAUUUUAAAAGCAGUGCUUACAGUUGAAACUAGACGUUAAUUUGUCCUGUUAGCAUUUCUUAUAAUGCUCGAUGUAAAAAAUUCAUUAAUAAAAAGUUAUCUUAGUUUACA